UCCAGACAGCCGUCCGCCGGCGCUACCAUGUCGAAGAAGCGGAAGCGCCCCGUCGCCGCUCCGCCGGAGCCGGUAGUAGACGCCUCCAAUUCCAACCUGGACGGAGAGAUCCUGCAGCAGGAGGACAACGCCGCGAUCAGGAGCAAGGGGAAGGGUGGGGGAGGUGGGAUUCUGACGGACAAGCUCUUCUCGGACCUCCCCAUCUCCGACCUCACCGCCAGGGCCAUCGCGGACAUGAACUACACCCAUCUCACCCAGAUUCAAGCUAGAUCGAUACCGCACCUGAUGCUAGGAAGCGAUGUGAUGGCUUCGGCCAAGACUGGAUCAGGGAAGACGCUCGCGUUCCUCAUACCGGCGAUCGAGCUGCUCCACAAGCUGCGGUUCUCGCCGAGGAACGGCACAGGGGUUAUCGUGCUUUGCCCAACAAGGGAGCUUGCUAUCCAGACGCACAAUGUUGCCAAGGAAUUAAUGAAGUAUUAUCAUUCACAAACUGUUGGAUAUGUAAUUGGUGGUAUUGACUUGAGGGGCGAAGCCAAUCAGCUUGCAAAAGGGAUCAAUGUAUUAGUUGCAACGCCAGGCAGACUUCUGGACCAUAUGCAAAAAAACAAAAGUUUCAAAUAUGGAUGCCUAAAGUGUCUUAUAAUUGAUGAAGCUGAUCGCAUACUUGAGGAAAAUUUUGAGGAACAUGUGAGAGAAAUAUUUAAACGCCUUCCUCGGAAGGAUAGGCAGACUGUUCUUUUUUCUGCUACACAGACUAAAAAGGUUGAAGAUUUUGCAAAGUUAACAUUUGGGGAAAAGGAAGAAAGACAACGAAAACUUGUUUAUGUUGGAGUUGAUGACCACGAAUCAAAGGCUACUGUUAAAGGCUUGAAGCAGGGCUACUGUGUCAUUCCUAGCGAGAGAAGGUUUCUUGUUCUGUAUUCUUUCCUAAAGAAGACAUUGGCUAGGAAGAAGAAGGUCAUGGUGUUCUUUUCAUCAUGCAAUUCAGUCAAAUUCCACGCACAGCUUCUUAAUUUGAUCCAGAUGUGUUAUGAUAUCCACGGGCAACUAAAGCAGCAUCAACGAACUAGUACAUUUUUUAAGUUUCACAAGGCACAACAUGGCAUCCUAUUAUGCACUAAUGUGGCAGCACGAGGACUUGAUAUUCCAGAUGUGGACUAUAUUGUGCAAUAUGAUCCUCCAGAUGAACCAAAGGAUUACAUUCAUAGAGUUGGUCGUACUGCCCGUGGAGAUAAUGGGAAAGGAAGCGCGAUACUGUUCUUACUACCGAAAGAACUACAGAUGCUCAUUCACCUGAAGGCGGCUAAUAUUUCUCUGUCUGAGUACGCGUUUAGAGAAGAGCUUGUGCCAAAAUUGCAGACAUACCUUGAGAAUAUUGUCUGUGGGAAUUACAUCCUAAACCAAUCAGCGAAAGAAGCCUACAGAUCCUAUCUUUUGUCAUACAAGUCACACUGUAUGAAAGACAUUUUUGAUAUCCAUCGACUUGAUCUGACGAUCAAUGACGUGUGUUAAUUGGACGAGCUUAUUUUUGAAUUCGUCGCUGUUUUGCUGAAAGUAGCGGCUUCGUUCUGCUUUAGGGAGCCUCCAAAAGUGAACCUGGACCUGGAGAGCAGUGCAUCGAAACAUCGAAAGAAGAGGAAAUUAAA